AUGACGGAGGAAAAUAACAUGAUGAUGUCUGAGUGUAUCAUUGACAACAGAAAAUGCAUUAAAAGGGAGGAACAAGACUGUGGAGAUUCUGAAGAGUGGACUACAGUCCUAUUUGUCAGUGCAGAGACCCUGAAAGGACAUGAUUCUGGUACCAAGACAGAAGACACCACACCAAAGAGGAGACCUGGAGAAAGUAACUACGGAUCUGAGGGCUCGAUGGGGAGAUGUUCCAGAGUUGCUGCAGCGUGUCUGGGCCUGCUGUGCCUUCUACUACUGGCUGGGAUCAUGGUGCUGUUUGUCUACUAUAAUGGAGUCACUGUCCGUUUGGAGGAGAGGUUGUUAGUUUAUAGAACCAGCAACAACAAACUGACUGAAAAGAGAGACGAGCUACAGGUCCAAAACAAAAACCUGGAUGAAGAAAAGGCCGAUCUAAAGAGAAGGUACAAUAUGCUGAAUCAAACCUGCCUUGAAGCAUGGAAGAAGUUUGGUUCCAGUUUGUACUACAUAUCUGACGGGACUGAAUCCUGGGAUGAGAGCAGACAGGACUGUCUAAAGAGAAGAGCAGACCUGGCGAUCAUAAACAACAGAGCGGAACAGGAAUUCCUCUGUACAUUUAAAAGGUUUUUCUGGAUUGGUCUGACUGACAGAGAGACAAAGGGGACUUGGAAAUGGGUGGACGGGACACUAAUGACCACAGGGUUCUGGUCUCCUGGUGAGCCAAAUGGUGCCUCUAUCGACUCUACUGAGGACUGUGCUGAGGUUAACACCUUCAAUGACCCAGAGAAAAACUGGAAUGAUCUCAGGUGUAGUGAACGGCGGCACUGGAUUUGCGAGAAAUUGGCUGAUCAGUAGCUCAACUUGGUACAAGCUUCAGAUAAACACGCACAAACACACCCACGUGUCACACACCAACUGUAAGACUGAAACAAUUCCCCAUGACAUCAUAAUCUCACUGAGCAAACAGUACCAACUGUUCUUGUCCAGACUAAACAUCUAUUCUAUUUGUGUUCACAUUGUACCAAACAUAUUAACUGUAUGUUUAUUUUUUGUCAUAU